AUGGACGCGUUGCUUUUCGAGGAAAGUCUAAUGACACAACGUUAUGCAACCAGGCUUCUUGCGUUGCGACGCUUCUUAAAGAGGUCAACCACGACGACGACGACACAAUUUUUCAUCGGGUCUGACGAAAAGUAUCCUGGGAGGUUUGAUAAAAAAGUAUGGAAAAUUUUGAGAACAAGAAGUAAAGUAAAUUUACUUGAGGUUCGUGAGAACGCGGCAAUAAUUCAGGAUAAACAGAUCGAUAUUAUCGUUCGAGGAAUUGAUGUUACUGAUACAAAGACUGGAUUUUUAUGGAGAUAUAAUUCAACUAAAUUACAACAUUCUCAAAAGUUUAGAACACACGAGGAUUUCGAAAGAAAUAAUAAUUUCCCCGAAUAA